UUAGGGAAAGGCCCAGCCUGCUCCCCCACCCCCCUGCACCUGGCUCUUAAAGGGCCCGGCCCCUGGCAGGCGGCUACUUAAGGCGGAGGGGCGGCGGCGGGCAGUAGCUGCGCCGGGACUGCUGAGAGGAGUGGACGGGGCCAUCCUGACCAUGACCCCCCCCAGGCUGCCGCCGCCGCUGCUGCUGCUAACUCUGCUGCUCGCUGCCCGCCCCGGAGCCGCCCUGGCACGGUGCCCAGGCUGCGGGCAGGGAGCGCAGGCGGGUUGUCGCGGGGGCUGCGUGGAGGAGGAGGACGGGGGGCUGUCAGAGGAGGGCUGCGCGGAAGCUGGGGGCUGUCUCAGGCGGGAGGGGCAGCAGUGCGGGGUCUACACCCCGAACUGCGCCCCGGGACUGCAGUGUCUGCCGCCCAAGGAAGAGGAGGCCCCUUUGCGGGCGCUGCUGCAGGGCCGGGGCCGCUGCGGCCCUGCGCGCGCGCCCUCGGGGGAGAAGCCCAAGGAGAGCAGACCCCGAGCAGGGACCCCUCGCCCACAGGACGGGAGCCGCAGAGACCAACAGAGGAAUCCCGGGACCUCUACCAAUCCUGCCCGGCCCAAUUCUGGGGGUGUCCAAGACACUGAGAUGGGCCCGUGCCGCAGGCAUCUGGACUCAGUGCUGCAGCAGCUCCAGACGGAGGUCUACCGAGGGGCUCACACGCUCUAUGUGCCUAAUUGUGACCACCGAGGCUUCUACCGGAAGCGGCAGUGCCGUUCCUCCCAGGGGCAACGCCGAGGUCCCUGCUGGUGUGUGGAUCGGAUGGGCCAGCCCUUGCCAGGGCCCCCAAACAGCGAUGGACACUCCCACUGUGCCACCGACAGCAGUGGCUGAGGCUGGGUGGGGGGCUUCAGGGCCUCCAGCAGGAGCCUGGGGCUGUCAUGUUGGGUCAUUUGUUGAGUGAUGAGUAGCUCAGGGGCCCUGAGCUCCACACUUCACCUUCAGGCCCUACCCUGUUGUUCCCCUAUCCCUGGGGCCUCACGCCUGGCAAAAUUGUUGGCUUGGGCGGUAAUAAAGCUGUGUUGGGGGUGUCUGACCUGCAUCCCUGCUUCCACCUCUCACAUUUCUGGA